GUCGCCCGGUCGGAAGCGGAGUCCGCUUGGAGGGGGAGCUUUUCUUCCUCUUGCGCUUUUUUGUGCCUGGCGCGUCUGGGAAGCUCGCCCCCGAGGCGCGCUGGCCCCUUUUACGCUGGCGGGGAUGUGAGGGCUUGGAGGGGGAGUUACCAUAAAGUGAAGAGAUGAUGGAAGUGAUUAGAGCUGCUGAAGCUUGCAUUUUGAAGAGCUGUAUGGAACCAAAUACAAAAGAAGUCUGGAAGUAACUCAUUAUCUUUGGUCAGAAAGGAUGCAGAAAUUCUUUAAACUGCCCAUUUAGGGUGCAUGAGCAAGUACUUUGUUAAAAGUAAAAUGAAAGAGAUCAAUCGCUUAUGUUGGAUUCACCUGACUUUCAACCUGGCUUAGAGAAAGAACGACCUGAAUUUGACAAUGGACCAGCCAGUGACAUUCGUAAUCUCUGUAUUGUAGUAGUUUACUGCUCAUCAUGAAUAAGAACCUGCUCCACAAUGACUUCUUGGACCACCAUGAAAAUUGGUUGCCAGGUGCUAUAGCUGAAACUGGCAGUCAGCAAGCUGAUGGUAUAGAGAAGCAGGAUGGCACCCAGCAAGAAGAUACGGAAAUAUUUUGUAGCAGAUGUACCAAAAGCAACUCUGGAAAUGAAUUUAAUGGCUUGGAAUUCAACGAGGCCAAUUCUCACAGCCAUGAGUCUCCUGACAUAGUGAGAAAUUCCAGUGUUCGAGACAAAUCCCAGAGGAAGAAUAAGAGUGAGCAACUAAAUUGGAAAAGUAGUAACGAAAAACUUAAGAUGGUGAUCCGGGAACUGAAGCAGUAUCUCCCAAGAGAGAAGAUGGAGAGCUACACCAAGACCAGCAACCUCAGUGCACUCAACUAUGCUUUGAAAUGUGUCCAGCAGGUCCAGAAAAGCAAGUCCUUUUCGUUUUGGGAGGAACAUGGAUCAUAUCAUACAGAUGCCAAUGUGUACAGCAUUGAGGAGCUGGCAGCAGCUACAUCUGAACACACUCCAAAAAAUACAGACACCUUUGUGGCUAUCUUCUCCUUGCUGUCUGGGAAGAUGGUGCAUGUCUCUGAGCAAGCAGCCUCCAUUUUGUGUUGUAAGAAGAGACUCUUAGACUCCUCUCAUUUUGCAGAGUUACUGGCUCCUCAAGAUGUAGGCAUCUUCUACACUCAUACCAAUCAGUCUCUCCUGCCACUUUGGAAUGUGAAAGCCCAAACAGCAUCUGUUUAUGAAUAUGCACAAGUGAAGUCCUUUUUCUGCAGACUCAGAGUGGGUAAAGACCAAGAUCAAGAGAAGCGCUACUAUCCAUUCCGGAUCACCCCUUAUUUGGUUAAUGUCUCUUAUCAGAAUCACAGCGAGCCAGAGUCUUGCUGCCUUGCUGUUGCUGAAAAAAUUCACUCUGGAUAUGAAGCUCCUCGAAUACCAUUGGAAAAAAGGAUUUUCACCACUGCUCAUACCCCAGGCUGUUCAUUUCUAGAGAUUGAUGAUAGAGCUGUUCCUCUGCUGGGAUACCUGCCCCAGGAAUUGAUUGGAACAUCUAUCUUGAUGCAUCUCCAUCCUGAAGAUCGUCCUCUGAUGGUUGCUGUUCAUCGCAAAGUUCUGAAGUUUGCAGGUCAGCCUCCGUUUGAACACUCGCCCAUCAGAUUUUGUACUCAGAACGGAGACUACAUCAUUGUGGAUACCAGCUGGUCCAGCUUUGUGAAUCCAUGGAGCAGGAAGGUUGUGUUUGUCAUUGGGCGGCACAAAGUCAGAACGAGCCCUCUGAAUGAAGAUGUCUUUGCUGUAAGAAGCAGAGAGGGAAAUGGUGUUGACAAAGAGAUCACAGAAUUGCAAGGGCAGAUCUACAGGCUGCUUCUGCAGCCAGUUCAUAGCAAUGGUUCAAGUGGUUAUGGAAGCCUUGUUAGCAAUGGAUCUUAUGAACAUUACGUCAGUGUAGCAUCUUCCAGUGAUUCCAAUGGAAAUGAUGUGGAGGAAAUACAGAAGGAAACAAAGGCUUUUGUGGACAUCAACAGGCUGAAGAAUGUGGGCCAGCAGCUGUACAUUGAGUCGCACAGUAAGCGUCUGAAGAAGAGAGGAAGAGUUUCGGACGCUGAGCUGCCAAGAGACAAACAACGUACAACUUCUGAUUUGCCUUACACUGUGAGCAGUGACAGUGCUAGAGACGCACCUGUUGUACACUGUGGUGAUUCAGGAGGCACACGUCGUAUUCUGUCAUAUCAGCAAAUUAACUGCAUGGACAGCAUUAUCAGGUACCUGGAGAGCUGCAAUGUUCCUGCAUUGAAAAGGAAGUGCAAAUCUGCAAAUAUUUCCUCUUCAUCAUCAGAUAAUGACAAACCAGUCCAGCUAAUCCAGAAUGAAUCACAGAUCUUCAAAGAUGCCUCCAGAUUGUCCUCCAUUGCUUCCCCACCACCAGUAGUGCCCAUGCCAGAAGGGGCCAUGAAGCCACAAGCAUCGACAGCCGUGGCAGCUCCUCCAAUGACAGACCUGUCGCUGACCACCAUGGCCUUGAGUGUGGUGUCCAUUACCAGCCAGUGCAGCUACAGCAGCACCCUUGUGCAUGUUCCACACCCCGAAUCUGAAGUGACUGCCAUAGACGAGGCCACUCUGCAGAGUGAGCAAGCAGAGAUCCCAACUGCAGUCCUGGAGGAGAUCAAACUGCUUGGAUUGACAAAGGAGGUCCUGUCAGCUCACACUCAGAAGGAGGAGCAGAACUAUGUGGAUCAGUUCCGCCAGAGAAUGUGCCUGUCCCACUACAGAUCUUACCUCCAGCAGGGACAGGUUGGAAGCAACCAGACUAAUUCACAUAAGCAAGGAGAUUUCCCUUCCAAACCAACAAGCCCAGUAAACUGCAAAAGAAAUAAACAGGGAAAAUUCAAACGCCUCAAGCAGGUAGAAUCUUUCAAUAAAAAUGGAAACUGUGGGAAGAGAGCAACUGCUCAGAAGCCAUCCUGUGCUACUUCAGAAGGAUCCUGGCCUGACCCUCCCACUGUGAUCCAUGCUGCCAAUCCUUACUUGGUGCCUGGUUUUCCCGUGGCCUCUUUGGGAGGGGGCCACACUUGGCCUUCAGGAGAGACAGCACCAGUCCUCCCAUUGCUUGUACCCAUACAGCCCAUCCCAGCAUUUCCUGCUCCAUACAUGGCUGUACUGCUUCCCAGCCUUCCAGUGUCCACUCCACUCCCUCAGCCUUUCUUCCAUGCUCAGUACCCCUCAACGUCUAACGCCUACAACCCCACAAUGACCCCAGGCCCUCCUUCCACAAUGCCAUCGCCCGCAGCUUCAGAGCCUGUAGAGCCUAUAUCACCAUCAACCACAUUUCUGUCUACUGAGGAAGAGCAGCAAGAGGCCUGUGACGGCCAGCCCCCACUAUUCAGUAACUCACGGAGCAGCUCUCCGCUGCAGCUGGACCUGCUUCAAGAAGAGAUGCCCAAACCUUUGGAGCUGCCCAGCACAGUGCCAGCUAAGACACAUGUGGAGACAAAAUGUGAUCAGGAUGGGGAGGACAGCAGCAACAAUGAUGGCCACUCUGUUUCCAGUGAACUGUUUGACCUCUUGCUCCAUGAGGAUUCUCAGUCAGGAACUGGUUCUGGUUCUGCAGAAUCCAGUUCUUCAGCGUCUGGCUCCAGUGGUUCUAUCUCCAAUGAAACAUCUGCCUGUGGCCCAGGCAGUGGAAACAGCAGCAAAUAUUUUGCCAGCAACAAUUCCUCAGAAGUUUCCAAAAGAGAAAAGACAAACCGAGAAGAAGACAGACAAGGAGCAUCUGGUCAGCCAACCAGGAUGCAAGAGGAUGUGCUGAAAGGGGACCUGGAAAAGCUGGCUGCAAUGACCAAGCAGCAGCCUCAGUUCACAAAGGGGCAGAAGGAGGAGCUGGCCGAGGUGCAUCCCUGGAUUCGCACCCAGACUAUCCCACAAGAAAUUAACACCCAUGGUUGUAUCACAUGCAACAGCAGGAAUACCAGCUGCAUGGUUGCAGCUCCUGAUGAAGAAGGGUGGUGAAGAGUGCCUCCAUUCCAGUAUGCCCUCAUCCGUGGCAGUGACCUUGGCCUUAUGCUAAUGGGCACCCCACAGUGUUUCCCCUCACCUCAGCAACAGAUUGGUUCCAGAGUCAGUUUUCCUCUUCCGCUUCUGAUUUUUUAAGAAUUGGAAAUUAUCAUAAAUAAUAUUGGAUUAUGUUUGGGAUGGUGCAGUGGGGCAAUUGCUAUAAAUUACCAACUGAUGCUCAUUGGAGCUUGUACAGCAUUGGCAAGAACGGAUGUUUGCCCUAAACUGAAGCAUUUUUUGUGUCAGUGGUGUGAUUGUCACCAGGGUGAGAGCACGCUCACUUCCCUUUUAGCUCUAAACUUGCUUGUUCCACGUUUGUAUUCAUUGUCCAUAAUAGAAAAGAGUCCAGUAGCACCUUUAAGACUAACC